AUGGGGCAGAGGGAGGGGGCGAGCCGCCCGCUGGAGGAGGCUGAAAUGUCUUCAUAUAAACCGGUGACAAAGUGGCGAGCAGCGGCCCCCGGGCAGCGGAGCGCAGGACACACGCACACCGGACACCGAGCCGCCAGGAGCCGCCAGGAGCCGCCGCGUCCAGCGCCGCACGCCGGGAACCGAGCGCAGAGCCCGGCCGCCGAUCCGCACCGAGAGCCGCUCUCCACCGACAGCGCCCCCCGUCUGCUCCUCCUGUGCCUCUCUCUGGCGGCGGCUCUGAUAGGAGGCAUCCGCUCUGAGGGGGUGUGUCUUCAAGAUGGGAAGCACAAGGCGGCGCCCGGCCCGGAGCCUCACCUGAGCGAGUGUGGGAUGUACGCCGACAACAGCUGCUGCUCUGAGGAGCACAUCCAGGACGUGUCCUACCUUCCCUCUGCCAGCAGCAAGAACGAGCCCUGGGACAAGUGUGGACCGCUGAGCGCCGAGUGUGAAGGCUUCCUGAAGAGGGUCUCCUGUUUCUACCGCUGCUCCCCGGACGCCGCCCGCUGGCCACACCCCCAGCGCCGCUCCUACAUCCAGGCCGUGCCGCUGUGCCACAGCUUCUGCCGUGACUGGUUUGAUGCCUGCAGGAUGGACCUGACGUGCGCUCGUAACUGGGCCAGAGACCCCCGGGGACAGAACUGCACCGGAACCUGUGUCCAGUACCAGCAGUUGCACAUGGGCAGGUAUGAAGGUCAGAAAGUGUGUCACAGUGUGCCGGCGGGCGAGCGGCGGGCGGCUGUGGGCUGGAGCGUGAAAAGGCUCGGCCUUGCUUCAGCGGGCAGGGGCCAGCUGGGUGAUUUAAAGAGAGCCGGAGCGCUGGUGUGCAGCUGA